CCACCCAGGCAGACGCUCCGCAGCAGCCGCCGUCGGUCACCACGACGCCUCGCGCCGCACCGCCGCUCACGUCGACUGGCUUUCGUCGCUGCUCUCUGGUGGUGCCAAACGAGUUUCAGAGAAGCGGACUCCGAGAUGAGGACUCGCGCGGCAGCAGCGUGGCUGGCGGCAGCAGCCGCCCUCGCCCUCCAGCAAGUCGCCUGGGGUCACGUGCUCAGCAGACAGGACACCAGCCUCAGUUCGCAAAGCAGAGAGACACGAGCCGCGCGGGGCGACCACAUGGAGGAGGACCACAUGGACGAGCACCCGGGCCACGCCAAGUCGGACUCGGCGCUCAGCUACUACGAGUUCCUCAUCAACGAGGGAUCUUACAAGUUCUGGGCGUGGUUCCAGCUGGCGACGGCGGCGCUGCUCAUCUACUCGGUGUUCGCGGCCAUCUACUACUCCAAGUACACGUACUACACCAUCGCCUCCGACUACGACUACGACUACUUCUUCAAGCGGUCCGGCGAGCCGGCGUCGGCGGCGCGGUCGGCCCCCACGACACAGAGCUCCACCUUCCUGGGACUCUCCGCCCAGACCUACCAGAGGAUCCUCGACGCCAUCACCAGCAAGAAUUACUCAUGACCACUUCCCCGCCAAUACCGUGCUCACUACAUGUCAUGAGUAAACCCUUGCGGCCACUCCUUAGGAGUGAUAAACAGUGACCUGAUCGACUAGACUCGGACACUUGUAUCGUUCACAGGAUGCCCUCCCGUACUAACAGAGUAAAGGGCGUUCACGAGCGCAAGAGAUGGACUGUUAAUCUAACUGUGUUCCAGACGUGCUCCUUAUGUGUGAUUUGGCGCAUGUCCGUAUUAAGACAGUAAACCGAAAAUGUUGUUCUAUCAAAGAGACGAAACUGUUCCACGACUGUUGUUGAGAAAGCAAUAACAAGAUGUAGAAGGUUUUUCGUCUCUCUAUAGAAGCAUUGCAUGAAAGUCGUGUGAUUAACAACACGAAAUCAAUCACACCACUCACACAUCAAUCUCUGCGACGUGCAUUUCUUUUCCUAGGUCAAAUGAUACUUCUUUAUUUAUUUGUUUAUUUAUUUAUCUUUGGUGGAGUGGGCCAUUUCUCGGAAUAUAUUUUUCUUUCUGACUGAAUUGGAUUCCAUUGCAAAAAAUACUGCGGAAUCAUGUAGCGUACAAUUUGGAAGAACGUUUCUAUGCGGCUGAGAGUAACUCUGCCUGAAUCAAAAUUAACUAGUCCAUUAGAACUUUGUUUUAAUUUAUAUGA